AUGCCUAGGCCCACAUCUAGAGAUGUGCCUAAGUUUGAUAGUAAAGAGCCAGAAAAUUUGAGAUGCUUCAUUGGUCAGAUGGAAGAUCUCUUCUCUGACUAUGGCAUCACUGAAGAUGAAGAAAUGAAGAAGAAGUUGGUGUGGUACACUGAUGCAUGUACUGAGGAAGAGUGGCAAGCACUGGAUGAAUAUACCAGUGGUAGCUUUGCAGAGUUUAAGGAAGCUAUUUUGAAGAACUAUCCAGAAGCAGCUGAUGCAGAGACUGGUAUAUGGGAAAGGCUAGUGUGCAUUGCAUGA